UCGAGGUAUGUUCGCUCCCGGUCGGCUCGGUGCGUGUGCAAAAGCCGCCUCCUCCCACAUGAUAGGGCGAGCGUCUGACACCACACUUGGAUACUGGUCGCCAGCCCUAAACCCUAAGCCAAGAACCAGCCGCCGUUGCCGUCUCCAUGACGUCCGGGCCGGCCCAGCCUCGCCCGCACGUCCUGCUCGUCGCCGCCCCGUUUCAGAGCCACGUCAACCCGCUCCUCCGCCUCGGCCGGCGCCUGGCAGCCAAGGGCCUGCUCGUCACCUUCACCACCGCUCUCCGCGCCGGCAUCCGCCUCAGCCCCGGGGACGGCGACGGCGAUGGCGACGGCGGGGGCGCGGGAGCGGAAGCCGGCCGCGGGAGGCUCCGCGUCGAGCCGCUGCGCGGGGGCGGGAUAUGGGCGCCCGAUGACCCCCGGUUCCGCGUGGCCGGCGACAUGGCGCGCCACGUCGAAGCCGCGGGCCCGGCGGCGCUCGAGGAGCUCGUCCGCGGCCAGGCCGACGCCGGGCGCCCCGUGACGUGCGUCGUGGCCAACGCCUUCGUGCCUUGGGCGCUCCGCGUCGCCGGCGAACUGGGCCUCCCGCGCGGCAUGCUGUGGAUCCAGUCGUGCGCGCUCCUGUCCGUGUACUACCACCACGUCCACGCGCUCGCGGCGUUCCCAGAGGCGGGCGCGCCGGGCUCCGUCACGCUUCCGGGGCUUCCGGAGCUGGACGCCGACGACCUCCAGCCCCUCCUGAUCUACGCGUCCGGACAGGACCUGUGGCGUCAGAUGCUCGUCGCGGACCUCGGGCGCGCCGGGGACACCGUGCCGCGGGUCUUCGUGAACACCUUCGACGAGCUCGAGCACGCGACCAUCCAGGGGCUUCGCGAGCACUUACCGGUCAUACCCGUCGGUCCACUCCUCGAGCCAGACGACGCCGACGGCGAAUGCGAAUCCUCCCCGGCUGCCGACGACGACGACGGUUGCGCGGCGUGGCUCGACGCGCGCCCGCCGCGGUCCGUCGUGUUCGUGGCGUUCGGGAGCCUCGUGAACAAUGACUCGGGCGAGGUGGCGGAGAUAGCUGCGGGGCUCGCCAGCACCGGGCGGCCGUUCCUGUGGGUGGUGCACGACGACACCCGCGAUCUCCUCUCCCCCGACGCCCUCGCCGCCGCCUGCCUCGACCGCGACCGGGGCAAGGUGGUGCCCUGGUGCGCACAGGGGCGCGUGCUCGCGCACCCCGCGGUGGGCUGCUUCGUGACGCACUGCGGGUGGAACUCCACUGCCGAGGCGCUCGCCGCGGGCGUCCCGGUCGUCGCUUCCCCGAGGUGGUCCGACCAGCGCAUCAACUCGAGGUUCCUGGUGGACGUGCACCGGGUCGGCGUCCGCGCUCCGGCGCCGCUGGCAAGGGACGCCCUGCGCGAGCGCGUCGAGGAGGUGAUGGGCGGGCCCGAGGCCGCGGCGAUGGCGCGGCGGGCGGCGGGCUGGAAGGAGGCGGCGCGCGCGGCGGUGCGCGGCGGCGGCUCGUCGGACCACGGCGUCCAGGCGUUUGUUGACCAGAUAAGGCAUGUGGGAGCCCGGCACUGACUUGCUCGCCGCGCGGUCGUGCAUGCAGCUCCCAUCGUGUCGCUGCUGGGCAGCAGAAUAAUAGCGGGUUGCAUGUAUGGUCUUGCUUAAAGAAGAGGAGAUCUUUUCCAUGUGUGUUUUGUUCGUUCGUGUGCACUCACAGCGGGAUCUACCACAACCACAAAAGUCCAGAAACCAGGCUAUGAAUCGACUUUGUUUUCAUUCUAA